ACUGAGAACUGUUUACGGUUAGAACACAAACUGAUAACUAACAAAUAAGCUAAAAAUAUUUUUUCUUGAUUGAACCACAUGUUUUAGGUCCGUAUUUCAUUAGGGUCCUAGGCUAGGUUACCAUUGGGACACCGAGUUUUAGAGCGAGAAGUAAGACAUAAUUUCUUAUGCGUUCUUUUCAUUAUAGGUUUACCAGCCAGGACCAUAGAUUUUGGUGUCUCACUCAGGUUGCUAUAAUAGCCUGACUACCACUGAGACACAAGAGAGCCUGCUAGUCUCCUCAAAUGUUGCGACCUUUUUUAUCAUGUUUUUAAUUUUUUUGGAAGUUCCCCAGUUCGGCUAGAUUCAAAAAGACUAGGCACACACAGUGUCAAUGUGUACUGGUAGUUCUAGUCCUGAUAAAUCCAACAGGGUUUUUCCGAAUACUGUGGUUGAGAUAGUGGAUGGCAUCCCUGACUUACGUCUUGAUACAGCUUCAUCAGUGCCUAACUCUACAUAAGAAGCUCCAUUGUUUCAGGCCAUAUGGAAUUUCAUUAAGCUAUAAAAAAUAGUGAACUCUUUUCUGAGGCCAAGAAGUGGUCCUUCAAUAUAAAUCUGAGGUUGAAUUUUACCGAAUGUUAAGUAGAUUGUGUGUACUCUAAGAACAGAGAUUCUUGUUACCGAACCUGUGACCUCACUUGGUUUUGUUAAUAAUAAUAAUAAUAAACUUUCUGUCCAUAAAGUGACCAUGCAGGGCAUGCUCACAAGAGACAAGUCAGGAGAAAAACAUAAAAGGCAAAAACCAGCAGCGGACAUCACAGCGCCAAAAAAGUCAAAAAUAUCUACUCACCAGUGCACUGUCACAUCCAAAGAAUUCGUUAUGUGAGUAGAAAAGAUUCUCCUGCAAGAAGUGCUUCAACCUUCGCUUUAGGGGAGCCACAGGUAGACUCCUCACUGAAAUGGGCAGCUUAUUUAUAAUCUUUCCCGGCAGGUAGACCACACUGGAUUGCGUCCUCCCCAACCUGCAGUAUGGGAGAUUCAGCCUUAAUCUGUUUCGAGUGCCGUACUCAUGGGAGUCUCCCCUGACAGGCUGAACCUCCAGGUCACCAAAUGCAUUCACAGCAGAUCUGAAAAUAUACAAGCCAUAAACAGUUAGAAGACCCUCUUGUAUAAACAGUGGGCGGUAAUGGGCAAGGUGUUCAGCAUUGCACAAGAUUCUAAGUGCCCUCUUCUGCAAAAGCAGGACCCUCCUCACAUGGGUGGAACUGCCCCAAAGCGUGAUACCAUAAGCCAUCCCACUCUGGAAGAAAGCAAAAUAGCACAUGCGUAGAUAGGCCGCGGGAACGCACCUCUUCAGACCCUUCAGUAGGAACAGGAUCCUGCUCAGCCUGCAACAGACACCUUGAAUAUGCUCAUCCCAGGAAAGUCUCCUAUCCAACAUAAAACCCAGGAGCUUUACUGGAGGACAAUCAUGCUGCUUACCAUUCUUGAGGCUGAAAACAAUCGUCUGUGUCUUUUCUGCAUUUAGGAGAAACCUGUUUGCAGAGAACCAGUCAGCCGCCACCUCCAUGGACGCCUGCAUUAGUGUGCUUACAUCAUCCAGACUCCUGCCAACAUCCAGGAGGGAGGUGUCAUCCGCAUAACACACCACCAUUCUGUCCCUAGAAAGAGCUACGUCAUUGAUCAUGAGCAAGAAAAGCAGAGGACCCAGAAUUGAGCCCUGCGGCACUCCACACACCUCACCCGUGACAGGGCCCCGUUCACCAAAACGGCCUGCCUGCGGCCCUCCAGAACAUCAGCAUAUUCGCUACAACCCAUUAAAAGGAGAAUGGAUACUAGUCUCACCACAUCGAAUGAAGAGGCCUUGGAGCGGACAAAUGGAAUCCAUUACAACAGAAAAGGUUCCAGAAUUUGACCCGCAGAAUCCUCUCUGCCCUGGUGUCAAAAGAGCCAAUGGAAUGGUUACUGACAAUUAUGAUUCUACAUUCGUUUUUGAUAACGACUUCCCAGCAUUGUUAGAAGAUGUGCCAAGUCCUGAAAAGUCUGACGAUCCUCUUUUUCAAAUGUUACCUGCAACUGGCAAGUGUAAAGUAAUGUGCUUCCAUCCUAAAUCGAAUGUCACCAUUCCAGUCAUGACUUUAGAAGAGAUUGUUGCUAUAAUUAACAAGUGGAUCGAAGAAUCCAUCACUCUUGGGCAAAAAUACGUAUGGGUUCAAAUUUUUGAAAAUAAGGGAGCAAUAAUGGGAUGCUCAAAUCCUCAUCCCCAUUGUCAAAUAUGGGCUUCAUCGUUCCUGCCAAACGAACCACGAGUCAAGGAUGUUCAGCAGAAAGAAUACUACAUCAAAUAUGGAACACCUCUAUUGAUGGAUUAUGCAACUAGAGAGCUACAAAAUAAAGUAAGAUUGGAAAACACCAUGCCGAACAUUUUGUGUAUAUUUCAUAUUUCAGACUUACAAUCAAUCUUUUUUUUGGAUCUUGUGAAAUCUUAGUUGCUAAUUUCCUAUCAUUUAUGUAUGCAUUAAUUUGUUUCUGUUAUAUAUAUAUCAGUUCCUUGGAAAAUAUAUUGCAGUUAUUCUUCUCCAUAAUACAGCAGUACAUCACAAUGCAUACAAUGUACGUUAUU